AUCAAUAUCAACAUGAAGGCUUUCAUUACUUUGGUUGCUCUGGCUGCUAUUGCCGCCCCAGCUCUGGCUGGACGUACCUUGGAUCGUUGCUCCUUGGCCCGUGAGAUGUCCGACUUGGGUGUGCCCCGCGAUCAGUUGGACAAAUGGACUUGCAUUGCCCAAUACGAGAGCGAUUUCCGCACCUGGGUGGUUGGUCCUGCCAACUCGGACGGCUCCAACGAUUACGGUAUCUUCCAGAUCAAUGAUCUGUACUGGUGCCAGCCCGACAAUGGUCGUUUCUCCUACAACGAGUGUGGCCUGAGCUGCAAUGCCCUGUUGAGCGAUGACAUCACCAACUCCGUUCGUUGUGCCCAGAAGGUCCAGAGCCAGCAGGGAUGGGGUGCCUGGGCUGUGUGGUACCACUGCAGCGGAUGGUUGCCAUCCAUUGAUGAGUGCUUCUAAUUGAUUUGACCCAAAACGAAACAAAAAUAAUGAAAUAAUAAAACUCUAAUCUGUUGCAUACGAAACUUGUUGAGUCUAUAUUGAGUCCAUUAGCUGAGGCUUAUCAUCACCA